UGUUAAUGCCAAAUAUCUGCAUAUUGUGUUCACCAGCAAAGAGAUCAUAUGAUCUUGAAAUACUUAGUGCAGACUUGACAUCAUCCGAUGAGGAAAAAGUGAAUACGUCCAUACAAGUCAAUCGGAUCUCAUUCAGUGAAUCAGUCGCUUCGGCACGUGUCAAUUGGAAUUGUGAUACCGAUGAAAAGAGCACAGCGAAAAUGCUUCUAUGGCAUUGUCGAAAUGGCCGUGAGAGCGAUUAUACUUUGACUCCUUACCAAAUACCAAAUCAAAAAUUUGACACUUUUUUGGAUACCUAUUACCAUGACCUGGGCCCCUUGAGCACUGUUUGCAUCGGAAGAUCGACACCUUAUAAUAUACCACAGGUAACACGUUGGCUCUUUCCAUAUUUCUAUACAAAAAUUCGAGAUCGAACAAUUAUGAUGGAGCUGCGCAAAACGAUAUUUAAAGACGGACGGGCCAUUGAGUGCCAUUCUAGUAAAUAUCCAGAAUUUAGGAGCUAUAUUGACUGUGCACUGCUACGUAACAUGCGAUUGGAGUUUUUGAUUCUCGAGUAUCCCAAACACCAACUUAUACCUGACCAAUACACAGAAAUUAACUGAUCAUUUGAUCGUGAUAAUAAAGUUCCAAGCAGAAGAAAA